UCAGAGGAUGCGAAGUGUGCAAGACAUUCAUGGCCUCCAAUGUCAUAUUCAGGAGUGGGAACUUGCUUGAUCUCAAGGUGUGUCCUUAGAGAAUACGCGAACACGAUGGAUCAGAUAACGGCAUGUUUCGGUUGAACGGCUGUGCGGCACUGGAAGGUAAUGCCAAACAUACCCCAAAAACCGUGCAUUUGCUUGGUAGCGAUAUGGACUCCCUCUUCAGAUGAGUAUAACUCUCGCGCUACAGCGUCGUUGCUGCCUAUUUCGGAGGACAAUUUCGAUCGAAAAGUCAUCAUACGCGCCGCCCAAAGUAGACCGCCGCCCUCAACAGGAGCCAAAAGCACUGAACUCAUAUCUACCCAGACUGAGCAACGUCCAGAUGCCGCUUAUAAUUAUCGCCCCCCUGAACUCGCUCCUCCUCCGCUCGCCAUUUAUCACCCUGUUUUUGCUCGGUUCCGACAUAGCAUGGCUGCUCCGACGGAGACCCUUGAAUUUACAAGCCAGGAGCUUGACCAAGCGUCAACGUUUAUUGAUGUAUCCCUUCGACAUUACCCGGAUAAAACCUCCCGGCUGAAUACACUGCAAGCGGUGAUCACCUGCAGCGGACAAAAAUUUUGGGGCGAGCGAAUCAUUCUUGUCGACAAUGGAAUGAAAAUACAGCCAGACGGAGGUCUCGCAAUCAGUAUCCGAGACCUUCCUGUAUUGUAUUCAACCUUGGGAGAAUUGAAGAAUGGAGGAGGUGACGGAGGUUGUGACCCAUCCGACCAAGCCCAGUGUGCGUAUAUGAAGGUUGUGUCUUCACCUCAAUAUACUCGUGUGCGAGAAGUCUCAUGCUGCCCGGCUCUCCUCGUAGGCCUCUCAGGUCAUGUUAUGGCAGUCUGGGGGGCUGCUUUUGCAGACCGUUUCUUCUUUGAACGUCUGUCCUUAGUUUUUGUCGGUCCGCAGCCGGAUUCUUGUGCUCGUUCCCCUACUUCUGGUCGGAGUGACCUUGAAGUGGGCAUCAGAAUGGUCGCAAAGCUACUCCGAACCCUUGAGGUUUGCAAUGAAGAACUUGAAACCCAUUAUCAAAAUCUUAACUUGCCCCGUUUGUCUUCGCUCAGUGCUUUCACAUCAGCCCGUAUCUCCCGGUCCUCAGGUCGCGCAUAUCGUCCAUAUUCUUCAAACCGGCUCCAAUCUGGGGAUCCUUCUCGAUUUGUCCACUGGAAAUCGUUGUCAUGUGGGGGAAAAGAAUAUAACCUCGAGUUUCAUCGGCGUCUCACCACAUACAUGGACAAAACUGUCUUUCUGGCUGUCAUGACUCACGCUUCUGACUCUAAAAUCCCCCCUACCAAUUUAGUUGUCAAGUUUGCGUACCGUUACGGUGAGACUGGUCAUCGUCUCCUUGCGGAAGCUGGUCUCGCUCCCCGCAUUUACUAUUGUGCCUUUGAUGAAACUAUUGGUCUAUGGGUUAUUGUUAUGGACUAUGUCGAAGGUGUACUUUGCAAGGGCAAGCUCGUUGGGGGUGAAGCCAAAUCACUCACUCGCGCGAUCAAACUACUCCAUGAUAACGAUUUGGUAUUUGGUGACCUUCGGGAGCCAAAUAUCAUCAUUAGCAAGCCAAGAGAAAGUGUGUGUGUGGUAGACUUUGAAUGGUGUGGUCCGUGUAAAGAUAUCAAGGAAGGCGGGAAUGUUGUCCAAAGACGCGCGCGAUAUCCUACCAAUAUUGCGCUCAGUGCCGAAUACAACUGGGCUCCCGGUGUUGAAGCAGAUGGAGUGAUUGCGAAGGAACACGACAACCAUCGACUUCAAAUGAUGGUUUGAUUAUUACCCUCAUGACGCCAAAUUUUCGA